AAGGGGCGGCGCGGGGCGCGGCCGCUGCAGCGGCGAGUGCGGGAGCGGGCGGUGAAGGCGGCGGUAGCAGCAGCAGCGGGAGAGGGGCAGCGUCGGACACCGGCACCAUGCGUGAGAUCGUGCACAUCCAGGCCGGGCAGUGCGGCAACCAGAUCGGCGCCAAGUUCUGGGAGGUCAUCAGCGAUGAGCACGGCAUUGACCCCACUGGCAGCUACCACGGGGACAGCGACCUGCAGCUGGAGAGGAUCAAUGUCUACUACAAUGAAGCCACUGGUAACAAGUAUGUCCCACGGGCCAUCCUGGUGGAUCUGGAGCCUGGCACAAUGGACUCUGUGCGCUCCGGCCCUUUUGGACAGAUCUUCCGCCCUGACAACUUUGUCUUUGGUCAGAGUGGGGCUGGCAACAACUGGGCUAAGGGGCACUACACAGAAGGUGCUGAGCUGGUGGACUCUGUCCUGGAUGUGGUGAGGAAGGAGUCGGAGAGCUGUGACUGCCUCCAGGGCUUCCAGUUGACCCACUCGCUGGGUGGCGGCACGGGCUCUGGGAUGGGCACCCUCCUCAUCAGCAAGAUCCGGGAGGAGUACCCCGACCGCAUCAUGAACACCUUCAGCGUCAUGCCCUCGCCCAAGGUGUCGGACACGGUGGUGGAGCCCUACAAUGCCACCCUCUCUGUGCACCAGCUGGUGGAGAACACGGAUGAGACCUACUGCAUCGACAACGAGGCCCUGUACGACAUUUGCUUUCGCACCCUGAAGCUGACCACUCCCACGUACGGGGACCUCAACCACCUGGUGUCGGCCACCAUGAGCGGCGUGACCACCUGCCUCCGCUUCCCCGGGCAGCUGAACGCUGACCUGCGCAAGCUGGCGGUCAACAUGGUGCCUUUCCCCCGGCUGCACUUCUUCAUGCCGGGCUUUGCCCCUCUCACCAGCCGCGGCAGCCAGCAGUACCGAGCCCUGACGGUGCCCGAGCUGACGCAGCAGAUGUUCGACUCCAAGAACAUGAUGGCCGCCUGCGACCCCCGCCACGGUCGCUACCUGACGGUGGCCGCCAUCUUCCGGGGACGCAUGUCCAUGAAGGAGGUGGACGAGCAGAUGCUCAACGUGCAGAACAAGAACAGCAGCUACUUUGUGGAGUGGAUCCCCAACAAUGUGAAGACAGCCGUCUGUGACAUCCCCCCGCGCGGCCUCAAGAUGUCCGCCACCUUCAUUGGCAACAGCACGGCCAUUCAGGAGCUCUUCAAGAGGAUCUCGGAGCAGUUCACGGCCAUGUUCCGGCGCAAGGCUUUCUUGCACUGGUACACCGGUGAGGGCAUGGAUGAAAUGGAGUUCACGGAGGCCGAGAGCAACAUGAAUGACCUGGUCUCCGAAUACCAGCAAUACCAGGAUGCCACUGCUGACGAGCAGGGGGAGUUUGAAGAGGAAGGGGAGGAGGAUGAAGCAUGAAGUUGAAAUUGGUAGGAGUGAAGUAUAGUCUGAGCAGGCAAGUGUUCAUUGAAAGAAGGAAUCUGUGCAGUUGUGCUGAAGCAUGCAUUUUUUAAUUUGGUGCUCUCCACUGUUGCUUCUGUCAGCAGUUUUGUAUCCUUGACUGUCCAAUGUAACAGUAGUUGCAAAAAUACUUCAGAGUCUUCUGUUGAAAUGGUUAACUUCUCAAACAUAAAGGCUUUUUGUGUCCUAAA